CUCCCCUCUCCCCCACCACCACCACCACCACUACUACUUGAUCUUCUUCUUCUACAAAUACCUCACAGUCUCUUUCCCUCGUCUUCCAAGUUUUUUUUUUUUGUUUUCGCCUGAGACUGGGUCCCCGAGUAUUCAUAAACCUCAUUAUUGAUACUUAAACAAGCAGCAACCUCCGCUUUUUUUAUAAACUCUUCCUCGAUCUCCGUGAAAAAUAAAAAAGUCACUUAACAAAACUCAUGGAACCGAGUAACGUAACCGACGAUGCUGAGUUUUGGCUUCCGCCGGAGUUUCUCACUGACGACGAUUUUCUCGUUGAGAAAGAGAACAACGGUGGAGGACUCGAUGACACUUCCCCCUACGAGCCGCGUCUUGGAUUUGGGGCUUUUGGCUCUGCCGUUAAGCCUAACGCACUGUCUUUGGAGAAGGAAGGUGGCGAUGACGAUUUCUUAGCCGGAUUGACUCGCCAGAUGGUUAAGUCAUCUCUGGAAGAUGAUUUCUCCGGUGGAUUUUGCGCUGAUCACUCUUUUCCCGCUGGUAACAACAACAAGGCUUGGGGUGUGAAUCGCGCGCCUCUGUGUGUCGCCGGUACCGGUUGCUGUUGCCAGACUCGGAGAUCAAACCAGAAUUGCAACUCGCGAGUUUCUUCAUGGGAUCUCUACUGUGCCGCGGCGGAGGAAGUUGCCAGAAUGAGUAUCAUCGACGAAACGUACCAUAGUGGCAGAGGACUUCUCGCUCCUCCCUCGAAACCUUCCUCCGCUGCCACCGCCACCGCCGUUAAAAACCUCCCUAACAACGGCACCGGUUACUACAACCACCAUCAAUCUCUCCCAUACCAGAAACUACAAGCUAUCCAAUUUCAGCAGCUAAAGCAGCAACAGUUGAUGAAACAUCAUCAUCAUCGCCAAUUGGUGCAUCAGAGCAGAGGAGUUAUACUUAAUAAUGGUAGCAAAAAUGUUGGUCCAGUGGAUUUGUCGUCUUCUGCAUGGUCUAAUCAGCUUCCGAGGCGUGAUGUUAUGAGAGCUGUGUUCAUCGGAGACCAUACCAGAAAACGUGGCUCAACCGGAACCGGAGUCUUCUUACCCCGAAGCGUCAACCACACUUCUUCGAGAGCUGAGAUUCGUGACGAGAAGCCCACUUUAUCCACUGUUUUGGUUCCGGCUAGACUGGCUCAGGUCCUGAAUCUGAACGUAGGCGAACCGGUCCGGACUUCGGGAAAUCUCAACGAUGUGUCGUGGAGACAGAGGAGCAACAAUGGUGGGUUCUCAAGCCAGCUGCACGGUGGUGUUAGGGCGGAGCAGGCAGUGAACGAGCCUAGGUUACCAUCGGAAUGGGCUUAUUGACUGAUUUGGUUUUCGUGACUUUUGGGGUGUGUUUAGGGUGUGAAAAUUUUAAGGAUUUGGAAGAAGAUUAGGAUUUGAUGACAGGUAGUGAAAUAGUGGAGUAGGGCUUUUCAUAUAUAGGCAGUGCAAGAUUUGGAAGAAGAAGAAAUAAAAGAAAAGAUAGAGUAAGGGGGUGAAGUGACGAGGUUUUGGAUCGUUUAACCACCAUUGAUGGCUGAUAGAUGAAGAAAAAGAGCAUUGAGAGAGACAGAGACGAGGCGACUUUUGUCUUCUUUAUUUUUGGUUUUUUCCUUUUGGAAAUUAAAAUUUGUCAAAGUCUGUCACCGGGCUGUUCCUCUCUCUCUCUCUCUCUCUCUUUUGUUCUCACAACUCUUAAAGCAAUGGACAAGUAUUAAUUAGUAAAAUAAAAAAGAUUUUUGUUAAUAGUA